AUGUCCGACGACGAACCUGAAGAUGACUACGAUAACGAUGAAAAGGAUGAGCUUGGUGAGAAACUGGAAGACGAGGAGGAUGAGAAGGAAGGAGCAGAGGAAGAAGAAGAAGAGCACCCCGUCUCCAACCCUCUCACCGAGGAACACUUCAAAGAAGGCCUCUCGCUUUUGUGUAAAACCGGCAACGGCUUGGCUCACGCCUUUGUGAAAUUUGAGGCCAGAGAAAAGGAGCUGACAGAUAUCAUCAUCAUCCAGAGCUUCAUCCACUUACGCUACGUAGACCUGUCGGACAACCUGCUCCAGGACCUGUCUGCCUUGUCGUUCCUCACACACCUGCUGUGGCUGAAGGUGGACAACAAUCGGCUGACCAGCGCCGCCAUGGACGAGCUGCCGUACCUGCAGAUCGCCAGUUUUGCCGGCAACUGCAUCAAGGACACUGGUGGCAUUAAUCACCCGCGCCUGGCCAGCCUCACCCUGAAAGGGAACGAGAUUGAGGAAAUAUCAGGACUAGAUCCACUCAAGCUUUCCCAUCUGCACACGCUUGAGUUGCGGAGUAACAGACUCAAGUCUACAGCGGGACUCCACCUGCCCAAGCUGAAAAAUUUGUACCUGGCUCAGAACUCCAUUACCACUAUAGAAGGUCUGGAGGAUUUGGAGCAACUCACAACCCUGCACCUCCGUGACAAUGCGCUCGAGAGUCUGGGCGGCUUUUCGGAAAGCAUGAAGUCCCUUCAGUAUAUCAACCUACGGGGGAACGCGAUUUCCAAUAUCCAGGAAGUGGCUAAGCUUCAGACGCUGCCCAUCUUGAGGGCCCUGGUCUUGCUGGACAACCCGUGCGCAGAAGAGGGGGACUACCGCCUGGAGACCCUGGUGCUGCUCCCCCGCCUCGAGCGCCUGGAUAAGGAUUUCUUCGAGGAGGACGAGCGCUUCGAUGCGGAAGAAACCCGGCAGCGGCGGCGGGAAGAAGAACUGGAGUUGGAAAAGGAAAGGGAGAGAGAGAAGGAGCUAGGGCUGGAACUGGAGCCGGAAGCGGAGGAGACCCCGGAGCCCGUCGAGUGA